AUGGCCCCUCACGCAGAGACCGGCAGCCCCGCCGUCGCCGUCGCCGUCGCCGUUGCCGGCACCAACUCCCGGUAUCAUGCCGCUUCCACAGAGUCCGCCAUCAAGGCCGAAAACGAGUACGCCGCUCACAACUACCACCCUCUCCCCGUCGUCUUCUCCAGGGCAAAGGGCGUCCAUGUCUGGGACCCCGAAGGCCGCCAGUACCUCGACUUCCUCUCCGCCUACAGCGCCGUCAACCAAGGCCACUGCCACCCCGAGCUGGUCAAGGCUUUGACCGAUCAAGCCAGCCGUCUCACCUUGUCUUCCCGUGCCUUUCACAACGACGUCUUCCCCAGGUGGGCCGAGAAGAUUCGCCAGGUUUUCGGCUACGAAAUGGUUCUGCCCAUGAACACCGGCGUCGAGGCCACCGAGACUGCCGUCAAGGUUGCCCGAAAGUGGGCAUACAAGGUCAAGGGAGUCGAGAAGGACAAGGCCUUCGUCUUCUGUGUCACCAACAACUUCCACGGUCGUUCUAUGACUGCCAUCACGCUGUCCACAGACCCAGAGUCCAAGGACAACUACGGACCGUAUAUCCCCAACAUUGGCGCUCACUGCCCCUCCACAGGCAAGCCUAUCCGUUUCAACAACGUUGCUGAUCUGGAAGAGGUGCUUGAAGCUCACGGAAAGCAGACUGCCGCCUUCCUCGUCGAACCCAUCCAGGGUGAGGCCGGUGUCGUUGUACCAGACGACGACUACCUCUCCAAGGUCCACGCUCUGUGCAAAAAGCAUCACGUUCUCCUCAUCUGCGAUGAGAUCCAGACCGGCAUUGGCCGGACUGGUCGGAUGCUGGCCUCGGAGUGGUCCGGCAUCAAGCCCGACAUGGUCACCUUGGGCAAGGCAAUCUCUGGCGGAAUGUAUCCCGUGAGUGCCGUCAUGAGCAGCAAAGAGGUCAUGCUAGUCGUCGAACCCGGCACCCACGGUUCCACCUAUGGCGGCAACCCUCUGGGUUGUGCUGUUUCCAUCCGUGCAUUGGAGCUUGUCGAGGAGGAGAACCUGAUUUCCAACGCCGAGCGUCUUGGCAACAUUUUCCGUCAGAGUCUCGCUGCUCUCAAGUCUCCCAUCAUAAAGACAAUCCGGGGCAAGGGCCUUCUAAACGCCAUUGUAAUAGAUGAAUCUGCCGCCUCUGGCCGUACGGCUUGGGAUCUCUGCCUGCUCCUCAAGCAAAAGGGUCUUUUGGCCAAGCCUACGCACGGCGACAUUAUUCGAUUCGCUCCUCCGUUGGUCAUAACCGAGACUGAACUCCGUAAGGGGCUGAGCAUCAUCACUGCUGCCAUCAAGGAGCUUCCGACGGUCGAGAAGUCGGCGGCCCACUAG